AUGUCUGUUGGACAAACAUGUAUUAUUGGGGUUUCAGAUGGAGAUGUUUGCAUUAAUGCUGCAGAAUUAGUAUGUUUUGGGAGAACUAUUCGUGGUUGUGUUGUUGGGGGAUAUAAAACUCGUGAUGCAAUGCCAAUGCUUGUUGAAAAAUAUUUAAAGGGGGAAUUACCUCUCGAGAAGUUUAUUGACUGGCGAUUUCCUUUAAUUCAAAUAAAUGAAGGAAUUGAACAUUUAAAAAAUUCUCGGGGUAUACGUUCUGUUAUUACUUUGGCUGGUGACAACAAAUAAAAAGAAUCUGUUUUUAAUUUUUUAAAUAUAAGAAUUAUUUAAAAAUAAUUUAUAAAUUAAAUAUUAUUUAAAAAUUAUUUAAUUUAUCACAUUAUUUUAUUGAAAAAUUUAUAAAAAAUAAAUUUAUUCACAUAAAAUAUUACAACUAUUUACAUAUCUACACAAAAUUGUUUUUCAAUUUUUCAAAAUUCAAUAGUUUCUCAAUUCACAUCCAUUAAUUCCACAAUUUUCAAUAUUAUUCUGAAUUCCCGCAUAUAUCGGCACACUUUGUCUUUUAUUUGGCGAUAUUUGAGAAUUUGAACUUGAAUAGGAUCGAACAGGGUUUACUACAUUUACUUUUGCUAAUCCUCCAACACCCAUUGCUUGAACAGAAUUAUUGAGUACUUUGAUUUUAGAUGAUCUGGAAAAUAAAAAUCUUGUUGAUGCCCAAAGAAGAAACCAUGCAGGGAAUGCAACUGUUCGAAGAUCACUUAACCAAAUAUACUGAUUCGAAAUUAUUAAAUUAAAAUUUGCUGUGAAAAUCUGUCCAAGUACUUGAAUUGUUAG